CAUCGGCGAAAGAGCAGUUCCCAUCCCAUCCAGCUUCAGCCAGCAGCAAGUCCAAUACACACACCCACACAAACUAGCUAGCAGGUUGUGACUGAUCACCGUGGUCGACGAGACGACGAUGGCCGCACGCCCGAUGCUGGUGGUGGCGCUGCUGUGCGCGGCGGCGGCGGCGGCCACGGCGCAGCAGGCGACCAACGUGCGGGCGACGUACCACUACUACCGGCCGGCGCAGAACAACUGGGACCUGGGCGCGCCCGCGGUGAGCGCCUACUGCGCAACCUGGGACGCCAGCAAGCCGCUGUCGUGGCGGUCCAAGUACGGGUGGACGGCGUUCUGCGGCCCCGCCGGCGCCCACGGGCAGGCGUCCUGCGGCAAGUGCCUCCAGGUGACCAACCCGGCGACGGGGGCGCAGAUCACGGCGAGGAUCGUGGACCAGUGCGCCAACGGCGGGCUGGACCUGGACUGGGACACCGUCUUCACCAAGAUCGACACCAACGGGAUCGGGUACCAGCAGGGCCACCUCAACGUCAACUACCAGUUCGUCGACUGCCGCGACUAGAUUACGUUCUCCGUCGAUCGAUCAAAGGGCUAGCUAGCUAUGAUAAGAAUAAAAGGCUAGCUAAAAGUAAGUUGAGACUGAUCCAUGCUGUUAAAUAAAAGCUAGCACGUGAUGCUGCAUUGUAUACGUGUUACGUGUAUACAGUACGUACAUGGAACGAAAUAAAGUGGAACAGACCAAACGGGUUAUCUAUUCA